CCCAUUUGAAAACGCUCCCCUCUCUCUCUAAAACGUCGAUCAAGCUCCUCUGUCGCAAGACUCGCAAAAGCGGAGCAGCUCCGUACCGAUCCCUAGGGUUUUUAUGGCUUUUUAAUGGGGCUUGCUGAGUUCAUUUUCAGCUCAUAUUCUCCUAUUCUCGUUUGAAACCUUCCUUGGGAUUCAAAGUUAAUUGAAGCAUGUGUAGUGGUCCGAAGAAGAUGGAUCCCAAGACUCCAGCUCCAUCCUCGACCCCAGAAACCAACACUUCAACCAAAGAUAUGAAUAAGCCAACCGGAGAGGUUGAAAGUGAAAAUUCAUUUUCUAGUUUGCUUGAAUUUGCAGCAAACAAUGAUGUUGAGGGCUUCCAGAAAUCCAUUGAGCUUAAUGGAUCUGCGAUUGAUAAGGUUGGUCUGUGGUAUGUUCAUCGAAAGGUGUCGAAACAGAUGGUUCUUGAACACAGAACUCCAUUAAUGGUGGCGGCUAUGUAUGGUAGUGUUGAUAUUGUGAAGCUGAUACUUUCUCUAUCUGAGGCCGAUGUAAAUCGGUCCUGCGGCCCGGAUAAGAGUACUGCCCUUCACUGUGCUGUGUCUGGUGGAACUAUCAAUGCUGUUGAUGUUGCCAAAUUACUUUUACUGGCUGGUGCUGAUCCUAACUCCACUGAUGCCAAAGGGCAUCGACCUUUUGAUGUUAUUGAUGUCUCUCCAAAGCUUCCAGAUUUGAAAGCUACCCUUGAAGAGCUUCUAAAAAAUGAUGAUUUUGUUUAUCAGCAGGAUUUCCAGAUUUCCACUGUGAGUUUGAAAUCCAGUUCCCCAUCCCUCUCAUCAUCCCCAGAUAAUUGUUCUUUAUCUGGUGUCUCAGAGUCAAUGUCACCACCACUUGCUUCCAGGCUCAGUGAUAUCCAUGUGUCUUCCAUGCCGGAGAAGAAAGAAUACCCAGUUGACCCAUCUCUUCCUGACAUCAAGAACAGCAUUUAUGCCACUGAUGAGUUCCGAAUGUACUCGUUUAAGAUCCGGCCUUGCUCCCGAGCAUAUUCCCAUGAUUGGACUGAAUGUCCUUUUGUACAUCCAGGUGAGAAUGCUCGGAGAAGGGACCCAAGGAAGUUUCAUUAUAGUUGUGUGCCAUGUCCAGAGUUUCGCAAGGGGGCUUGUAGGCGUGGGGACUUGUGUGAAUAUGCUCAUGGAGUUUUUGAGUGCUGGCUUCAUCCAGCACAGUAUAGGACCAGACUCUGCAAGGAUGGCACAAGUUGCAUGCGUCGGGUCUGUUUCUUUGCCCACACCUCUGAGGAACUCCGUCCCCUCUAUAUGUCCACAGGAUCUGGUGUUGCAUCUCCACGAUCUGCUGCCUCUGCUGCUAAUGCAAUGGACAUGGCUUCGGCCUUGAGCCUCUUUCCUGGCUCCCCUUCAGCCGUUUCUGCCAUGUCACCUUCACCAUUUACACCACCAAUGUCUCCUGCAGGGGUUGCUAUUUCACACUCAUCAAUGGCUUGGCCACAGCAAAGCAUCCCUACUUUGCAUCUCCCAGGCAGCAAUCUCCAAACAAGUCGCCUUAGAUCAUCUUUGAGUGCAAGAGACAUGCUGGUUGAGGAGUUCAAUGUGCUGCAGGAUUUUGAUGUGCAGCAGCAGCAGCUCCUAAACGAUUUGUCUCAUUUCACACAACCAAAUCUCAGUUCUGCAUCUGGAAAUCUCUCUGUUCGAUCAAAGGCCCUAACCCCUUCAAAUCUUGAUGAGCUUUUCUCUGCUGAGAUGUCAUCUCCCCGGUAUGCUGAUCACGUUGCUGCUUCAACCAUGUUCUCCCCAUCGCAUAAAUCAGUGGUUCUAAAUCAAUUCCAGCACCAGCAGGGCAUGUUGUCUCCUAUAAAGACAAAUGUAUUCUCUCCAAAGAAUGUUGAUCAUCCUCUCUUGCAAGCCUCCUUUGGUGUUUCUUCUCCUGGGAGGAUGUCACCUCGAGGCAUUGAGCCUCUCUCCCCAUUGAGCUCUCGUUUUUCCUCUCUGGCUCAUCGUGAGAAGCAGCAGCAACACCUACGCAGCCUCAGCUCACGGGAUCUUGGUUCCAAUGGUGCUGGAAUUGUUAAUUCCCCUGCAAAUUCUUGGUCCAAAUGGGAAUCCCCCAAUGGGAAAAUAGAUUGGUCUGUUCAAGGAGAAGAACUGGCUUGGCACCGUAAAACAUCUUCAAUUGAGCAAAAUAGGGAGGGGCCUGAUCUUUCAUGGGUUCAAUCACUGGUGAAGGUGUCACCUCCGGGGAUCCAAGAAACCCCAACUCUACCAGUUUCAGGCAUGACAGUUACUGCUGAUGGUUCUAAUUCCAUUUCUAGAAUUGACUCCAUUGAUCAUGCAGUUUUGGGAGCAUGGCUUGAGCAGAUGCAACUCGAUCAGAUCGUUGCUUAAAGAGAAAACAAGACGAAAUCCUUUUUUCUGAGCUUCCAAUUGAGGCAGUAAAGACAGAGUAAAAAAUUUUUCUUAGUCAUUUAUUUACUGAUGUGGGAGUUAUGAAGGUAACAGUAACCAUAGAGGCAAGAGGUGGAGGACAGAGAUCAGAAAAAGUUCAUUGAUUUUCUCCAUUUAAUAUUAUUUAUCACAUAAGAAGUCAGGGAAGGAGGAGAAAGCCUAUUUUGGUUAUUCCAAGGACCGAGUCAAAUUAGGUAUUUUUCUCCCCAUAUCACAUAAGGUAGGGCUAUUUUGUCCCAUAAUUUAUUAUUUUCUCAAAAGAGCUUACAUAUUUUAUUUGAAACUAGAAGCAUGGGUUUCGUUGCCCCAUCUUCUUCUGACUUUCAAUUUAUUAUUGUGAUGUUCAUCCGUUUGAACAUUGUGAGAAGAGGAGAGGAGAGGAGAGGGAAAGGGUAUGUUAUUUUGUUUCUUGCAUUUGGGGGGUUUUUGGUUUUGUCAAUGCUUGACCAGGUCAUGUGGAAAAGAGGAACACAUUUUUUUAAGGAAGAAGAAAGUGUGGUGCCUGCUGAUGUGUUCCAUUUGUGAAUGAAUUAUUGUAGGGGCAGAAAGUGACAAGAUGUGGGGGCAUUUGGUUGGUUCUUUGAUGAUGUAACAUUGAAUAAUUUUACAUAUUAUCAUUAAUAUUAUUAUUUCAAUGCCUUUUAUCGUUUUCCA